GGAACCUUUCCUCGGCGAGGUUUUUCUCAAGCCGUCGUCGAUUCUCUCUGCUCAUCAAAGCUCCCAUUAGAAGAAGCAAAGUUUGAUUAUGGAAGCCAAUUGUGAUUCUUCUGCCAAUGUUUCCAGCAAUGAUAAAGAGACAUCGUCUGAGAAGAUCUUUGUCAACCAUGCUGAGAUUGCAUGGCAAGAGAUGAGGAAGAAUUGGGUUGGAGAUCCGUCUAAAAGGACUUCUGAGUUGCCUAUGGAACCUGUUAUAAGCUUCAACGCCACUUAUGAAGAGAUGCUUCUAAACAACCACACACCCUUUCACAAGCCCAUCCCUCUAGCUGAAAUGGUGGAUUUUCUAGUUGAUUUUUGGCAUGGGGAUAGUCUUUUCGACUAGGUAACUCAAGUGAAGGGGGAGUUCUCAGUAAUUCUUGCCUUCGUACAGAAUUUAGUUGCAGCCUCUAAUCCCAUUUUAUAUUAAAACAAUGUUUUUGUGUAACUAUUCUACAUGAGUUGAUGGAAUGAUCUUUACUUAUAACCUUAACGGAUUGAUUACCAUUAAAAAUUUUAGAUACCAAACUUGUUCUUGCUUUAGAACAUGAUUUGAAUAUUGA